AGUUAGGUUCAGUGAUUAGAGUGUACAUUGUAGUUAUUACCAAUGUCAAAGAUUUUAUGCAGAAUGAAUUUUCCUUUGAUGAAAAGCUACCGAUAAGUGCAACAAACAAGUAUUCUUUCUCGAAUUGAAAAUUAAAUCCCACCAAGUGUUAUCAUUGGAACAUUGAGGUCAAUAUUCACGGAACGGAAACUCCCCAAUACUGAUUUUUCACUGUAAGAAGUCACUAUCCUUCAAAAGACAUGGAGGAAAACACUUUGGAUGAAAGGCUCUCAGGCAAAGAAUUGGAAUCAUGCAGAAUAAAAAAGUGCAGUUGCUGUUUUAAGGAAUCGCUUAGUUAUUACUGUACCUACUGUGAGGAUAAUUUAUGCGAAGAAUGCAAGUUGCCCCAUCUUACUCGAAAUGCAAAGACUGACAAAGGCCACAAUGUUGUAUGUUACCGGGACAAGAAUCAAGGCAUUGUUCAAAGACGGACAUGUGAAAUUCACACAAACAUUCCAAGUACAGCCUACUGUAAAAAAUGCAACAAAUCUGUGUGUAAGAAAUGUGAAAGGCGUAGAUGUAGAUCCCAUAAGACUUUACAAAUAAUUGAACUUCUGAAGAUAAAAAUAAAUCAAAUUCUCAAAUCACGUGAAAAUCUUACUUUUUUACUACAUCAAUUAGAGGAGAACUGCCAUUAUUUUCACAAUUGUAUGGACAAUUUGGAGCGCAAUCAUAAGAUAGUAAAAAGUGAAAUUUAUAAUUUUGCAGAUAAGCUAUGGGAUGUAGUGAAACAGUGGAAAAGUGAAAUGUUGUCUCGUCUAAAUAAAGCAAAACGGAGUUCUGAAAAGCCGAUUAAAAAUUCUCUUACAAAAACAAGAGAAAAAUGUAAUGACAUAGAAAGAAAAAUAGAAGAGAAAAGAGAAAUUCUUCUCGACAUUGAAGCAUUACAUAAUCCUGAACUGUUACCUGAACCCGAGGACAUCGAGUGUCUCCCUGAAAAAACAGACUUGAAAAUACCAAGAAUAAGUCUCUCCACUUCAGACAUUAACACGGAAUUCUUGAGUAACUUUGCGAACAUAACUGUGUCAACCAGUAAUAUGAAUAGUUGUGACGUACACGAGGUAGAAUCAAAGCAUUUCAAUAAUAAGAUACAAGACAUGACUUGCAGUAAAGAUGGAAAUACCUUGUUUGUUACAGAGCAAGGAAGAGGUAAAAUUUCAAAAAUCGAUCAUGAUGGCGAGAUUCAGACCGAGUUUGGGACAAAAUGUAAGAAACCCCUGUUUUCUGCAUAUUGUACCGGAGGAGUUAUUUAUGGUAACCCCGAAAAUAAAACGAUUGAAAUAUCCACUUCCGAGUCUACGGAUGAAGUAAGGACUAUAAUGUCUACAGGAAAAUGGUAUUCCAGAGGAAUUACAAUUACGCAAGAAAAAAUGCACGUUUGUCUUCGUUCAUAUCCUGAAAAAAAUAAAGAACGACGCGCAAAGGUUUCUACUUUCGAAGUACCUGAUAAUCUCAUAAAGUCUUUCAGGAAGGUGAAAAGCAUUGAAUUCCAUGAAAAUCAAUCUCUCUUUCAGGAUCCAAGAUUCAUUGCAGAAAAUAAUAAGAAUGCAGAUUUGUGUGUAACGGAUACAGCAAAGAAACUUUUAAUCGUAGUUGAUAAAUGGGGAAAAUUUAGGUUUACAUACGAAAGAGACCUACCGAGCCACAAGUUUAACCCACAAAAUGUUUGUGCUGAUAGUGAAGGCUUUCUUCUUUUACUAGACGUUUCUCAGAUAACAGCAAACAUUCAUGUCAUCAACGACGAUGGACAAUACAUCUGCCAUAUUGAAUCCGAAUACCUGAAUAGUCCCACGGCUAUGUGCAUUGAUUGCAACGAUAGGUUGUGGUUAGCGGACAGAGCAAAUGAUAAGACUAAAAUUCUUUGCAUGCAAAAAAGUGAUGACAUUCUGAAGACAUUGGAAGAGUUUAAGAAUCAUUCAGAGAAAGAACCGAAAAACAACAAAUUGACAACUGCGGGAAAUAAAGUUGUUUUACAACACUCACAAGCAUCAUCAUGUACAAUUCAUUAAAAGCAACGAAAAACCAUGUAUCUGAAUCUAAAUAAAGAAACAUUAAAUAUAUCAAUCAUAUCUGAGAACAAAUUUACAACUCGCUAUAAAAAGAAUGUCACUGGCCUUUUGUAUUGACUGAGUACGACGCAAACAGUGUCGCAAAAUCCAAAAACAUUGAUCAUAUGUGUGGGAAGAACAACACUAAUAUUCCUGAAGUUUACUGAAGAAAUGGAAACAGAUUUGACUGUGAACCGUCUUUGUCGUGACGAAGUCAUCUAAGCUUCGUCUUUUGACCAAUCAAAUAUUGGGUGAACGAUUCUUUAUGCACUUUCAGAUAUAUCCAAUUGUAUUUAUUAUACCCCCCGCUUGAAAAGCGGGAGGAUAUAUAGUAAUCGUUAUGUCUGUCCGUCUAGCUGUACGUCUGUCUGUUACGCUUUGGGGUACCCAUCUCUUAUCCGAAACUCCUCUCAUACCACUGAAUGAAAUUUGAUGAAACUUUCACAGAAUCUUUGUUACAAAUUGCCAUUGUGCACCUCUUAUGUUACUCUUUGAUCCGACACAUAUUUUGGGUUUUCCAUAGCAAAACAUAGACACUGCCAUUAUAUUCAUGUGGGAGGUGCGAGUAUCAUUUAGUGAGCUCAUUGCUUACAGUACCUCUAGUUUUGGUUCAUGUUAUUAAAAAAGAAAGCAAUAAUUGUAUAUUAGUGUAAUAUUGAUAUAUAAGAGGGACAGUAUAAUUUUACCUCCAAGAACUGCCGAUGUGUUCUCUGUUUAUUUUUCAACUUGAAAUCUGUG